AUGUGCUACUUUACCAAGUGGCCUGAAUGCUUAGCUCUACCCGACCAGACAGCAGAGAAGGUGGCGUGCGCCCUAACGGAAGAGGUGUUCUGCCGGUAUGGAGUCCCCUUUGUGCUUCAUUCGGAUCAAGGAAGGAACUUUGAAUCGGAAGUUUUUCGAGCCUGCCUACGAUUAAUAGACAUCGAGAAAACCCGCACCACCCCCCUCCACCCACAAUCAGACGGGAUGGUUGAACGUUUCAACCGCACGCUGCUCAGCUAUUUGGCUAAAUUCGUAGAUGACCAUCAACGGAACUGGGAUGAACGGUUGCCGUGGGCGCUGUGGGCCUACCGAGCAGCAGUUCACGAGGCUACUGGAUUCUCGCCCGCGAAGUUAACCUUCGGCCGGGAGAUGCGAUUGCCGUGUGAGCUGCUGUAUGGUCGACCAACACCCGACGCAGAGAGCUACCCGGCCUUUGUAGCUAAACUACAGUCUCAUUUGCGAGAAACACAUCAUGCCGCAAGGGAACACCUGAAGGCCGCGGCAGGCCAACAAAAGUACCGUUACGACCUACGCUCCCACACCGUCCAGUUCGAGCCGGGUGAUCUCGUAUGGCUGUAUGCACCCGUUCGGAAAGUGGGACGAUGUCCGAAGCUCCAAUCAGACUGGAUUGGCCCCGCCACCGUGAUCCGCAGUUCUUCCGACCUAGUCUACGAGAUACGCCUUCCCGGAAAACGCACCACCAGGACGGUACACGUAAACCGACUAGCGAGCUACAAGGAACCUGUUCCUGAAUAA